CUGCAAUUAAUGGAUUUUACCUGUUCACCUGGGAAAAAGCACACAUAGUAUAGUACCUCUCCUCCUUAUACAACCGUCCCUUGCGCAUCAAGAGAGUCCUUAUAAUCUGCGAACGUAAAGAAGAAUCCGCUUAGUUCAGCGGGAGACGUCCGUCGAUUAACGAGUUUGCAAUCAAUUUCUGUGGCAACCGGUGUUUGAUUAGUUAGGGCGUCAUUAUUGCAAAAAAAACAGUGAGUGAGCUUCAUGAUAGUGUUAAAACGUGAUUAGUGUUUUUUGUUUGAAGAGGGCGUGUGCAUCAGUGUUUAUUUGUUGAGAUUGAACUGAAGAUCGGCGAUAGUCUUGUUUAGUUAUAUAAUUUCCCUUGAGAAACAAUGGCAAGACUGCCGGGCACAAUCAUCGUUUUGGUCUUAAUUCUCAAAUUGAUCAAUGGAGAAAAGUUUGAUCUCGUCUUCAAAUGGAAACAGCUAGAAUAUACUUCUACACAGGCUGAAUCCGGAGACAUAACUUUCACUGGACCGGUCAAAACGUCCAUUCGCACCAGUAACGAGUCCUUCGUCAGCUAUAAUAACAUCCCGAUGGGAGCUAGCCAUCAUAAAGGGCGUGUUUUUAUUGCCGUUCCUCGAAGGCGCCCCGGAAUACCGUCGACCUUGAACGUGAUCGAUAUCAACAAGCAAGGAGAUAACAAGAGUCCAAAGCUGACGGCCUAUCCGGAGUUACGCAUCAAUCAGCUGCAUAGCGACUAUCACGGUGAUCUAAAACGCUUGGUUUCCGUGUACCGAACAACCGUCGACGUAUGUCAGCGAUUGUGGUUUGUCGACACGGGAAUGCUCGAGUACCCAGACAACGCCAUGCAAGUUCAGCGUCCCCAACUGUGGAUAAUCGAUCUGACCCGCGACAGGAAAAUCCGAACCUUCGAGAUCCCUGAGUCCAUUGUCCAGCAGGGGGUGGGAAUGGCCAGUCUUGUCGUCGACGCAGAUGGCACCGAUUGCGAGAAGUCGUACGCCUACAUUCCGGACCUGGUGCAAGGGGCCAUCUACGUGUACAGCUUCGAAGCGAAUCGGAUGUGGUCCUUCCGGCACAGCUCGUUCCAGCACGAUCCCCAGCGAGCGGCCUUCAACGUGGCCGGUCAGCGUUUCAACUGGGACGAUGGUAUCUUCUCGAUAACCGUCGGCAAUCGGGAUCUGGCUACGCGGUCCAAACCGGUUUACUAUCACCCCAUGGUGAGCACGACGGAGUUUAUCACCUUCACGGAGGUCCUGCAGAAUGAGGCCCUAGCCACGAACGGAGGGUAUGAAAACCUUUUCCAGACGAUAGGCGAUCGUGGCCCGAAUGCCCAAUCGACCAUGCAUCAUUUCGACGGGGAGUCACAGGUUCUGUUCUAUGCCGAGGUGAAUCGAAAUUCGAUCGGUUGCUGGAAUACGCAGUCCAACUUCUCGGCCGAAAACCAUGACAUCAUCCAUCACGAUAACGAACGAAUGAUUUAUCCAACCGAUCUGAAUGCGGACGUCUCCGGAGCCAUCUGGGUGCUAUCGAACAACCUGCCGACGUGGAUCUAUUCGCGGCUCAACGUAAACCAGUUCAACUUCUACCUGUGGCGUCAGACCCCCCUGAUGGCCAUUCAAGGAACCAAGUGCCAGGUUGAGUGAAUAAGUGUGGUAAUGAGGAAUAUACGAAUAUGUGAUAAUUAGGUACUUAAAGUAUAAAAGACCACCUCUUAUGGAUGACUUUCAUAGGCGCCGCCAACGACAGUAUAGCUGUUAUGCUUUAUCUUCCUGA